AUGUUGAGAAAUAGUCAUGAGCUCGUGAAGAGGGAAGAAAUCAGAACCGGCGAUCUGAACGGCAAAUUUCGCCGGGGUGGAUGGCAUGAAAAAAAAAAAUUCUGGGGAAAACAAUUUUUGUUUGUUGACAGGAAGUGGGAGAAGAAUUUGGACUCAGGAGUAGCUUUGCAGAAUGUGGUGUCUCAUGGAGGAGGAGCUUCUGUUCUGUGUUCAGUCUUCAGCAAUACACU